AUGAGAAAGAGACAGAAGAGAGAUGAGAAGAGAAAGGAUGAAAGGAAAGAUAGGAAGCAGCAGCAGACAAAGAGACGAGCCGAGAGAGAAAGACAGCAGAGACAGAGACAGACAGAGAACAGGAAAAAGACAGACACAGACAAAGACAGAGACAGGAAAGACGAGCCACAGAAAGAAAGAGACACAGGAGACAGCAAGACAGCACAGAAAGAAGACACAGAAAGACAGAGAGACAGACGAGAAAGACGAGCCGAGGCAAGGACAGGAAAGGAAAGGAACAGAAGACCGAGAAAGAAAGAAGACAGAAAGACACAGAGAAAGACGACCAGAGACAGUGAGGACGAAAGAAAGACAGAAGGAAAGAGACAGAAAGAAAGAGAAGAGGAAGAAAGGAAGAAAGAUGAGAAGAAAGAGAUGAAAGAAAGAGACAAAGAGACACGAAAGAGGAAGAAAAGAUGGAAAGAAAGAGAAAGAAAAGGAAAGAAAGAGAUGAAAGAAAGAGAAGGAAGAAAGAGAAAGAAAAGAUGA